AUGCCACAGUCAGAGACCGGCACUCGAUCAUACCCCUUCAAUGUUGCACCCAACUUCCCUACCGAAACCACUUUGGGGAGGAAUUUGUGGAACGCGACCGGACUUGCAUUAUGCUCAUUACUAUUUGGCUUUGGCGCAGGAACGGGUCUCAUCACUUGGGCAUACCUGCAAGGACCUUUCGAGGCAGGAAGUGAAGAGGAGAGCGAGAUGCUGGAGGAGAUUACAGAAAUGAUGAACGAAUAUCCUGCAAUGGAGGUGCUUCUCAAUGAUCCAGGGUGGGAGGAAUGGCCAGUCCCACCUCGCAUGGUGUCGGGCGAUGCUGGCAAGGGCUUGCAUUUUGUCACGGGCACGCUUACUGGCUCGAAAGGCAUCAUACAAAGGAUAUUCUUUCAUCGGAAUCUUGGGAUGCUCACCAUGAUCGUCUACUUUGGAAAUGGCAUCGAAGGUUGGCCCGAUGUUGUCCACGGGGGAAUCUUGUCCACCAUGCUGAAGGAAGCUAUGCAAAGGGUCGCCUCUGAAGUCUUUCCACUAGGCACUGGUGAUUUGCACAAAUUGGCUAUACAGUUCAAGAAAAAGGUGAUUCCAGGCGAGGUCUACACUCUCUAUGCUCUACCCGCGAGUAACGCCGCUCUCUCUAAUGGUGAAUCGAUCGAGUCAUUGUACAAGAUGCAGCCCACUGAGCGGAGAGAUGCUAUCAUUGCUUACAUUGAACGGGGCGACGCAUCAGUCGACCAACCAACAUUCGAUCAAACAACCCUAGCGUUCGGCUAUGGCGUCUUUAGGGUGCGGCAUCCUUUUCAGCUGGACGAGCAUGGAAACAUCACCUGA